UUUGUAUUGUAAACACACAAGAAUUAUCAAUAUAUUGACAUGGUAAUCAGAGCCAUUAUCUUUUAAAACCUACCAUUGCCAUAUUCCUUUUUUUUCCCUUCCUGUUGAUUUCGAUCAUCCUCCAUGGCUGACAAUAACCAACCUCAAAACCCCCCACAAACCACCGAAACCAAGCCUCUUCACCCUGUUUAUUCUGUUACUAACAUCCAGAAUAAGAUCCGAACACUCGACGGUGACAAAGUCACCUAUUCCUGCUGGGUGAAACUCUUCAAGCUUCAUGCCCACGGGUUUGAUGUCUUGAAUCACAUCAACGGUACUGAACCUCCGCCCAAAUCCGAUCCGUCUUACGAGACGUGGUCCAAAAUCGAUUCCAUCGUCCUUCAGUGGAUAUAUGGAACGAUUUCCGACAACUAUCUGGGUCGUAUUCUGGAGUCCGAUUCCACUGCUCAACAGGCUUGGGAUCGGCUCCGUGAUAUCUUUCUGAACAAUAAAAACUCCCGUGCAGCCACCCUAGAACACGCCUUCACAACCACAACAAUGGCUUCGUGUUCUUCCAUGAAUGAUUAUUUUCAGCGAAUGAAGGAUCUGGCCGAACAGUUGAAAGAUGUGGGUCACUCGGUUUCUGAAUCGCGUCUUGUUUUACAGAUGCUUACGGGACUCCCGCAAGAGUACGAUACCGUCGCAUCGUUUAUUACUCAAGCUGACAAGUCGUGGGAUGAUGCUCGUGAAAUGAUUGAUCGGGAACAACGCAGGCAGGCCGCUCGUCAACAAGUAUCUCAUACCGCUCUUACCGCACCACGUAACACAAACAACACUACACCCGAUACAAACCCGAACCCCAACACCGUCCCUCAUCAUCCUGCACCCCACCCUCUUAUAAUCCAGCCCAACAGUUUGACAACUAUCAACCUCGUUCUCAACCCCGGGGACGUGGUCGCGGCCGCAACACUUACAGAGGUGGUCGUGGCCGUGGUCGUUACUCAAACUACAAUUCCCAGCAACAACACUACCCUUCCUACAACUCUCCUCAACCAAACACUUAUCAUAAUCCAUCAUACAAUCCAUAUCCAUGGUGGGCCUCACCACCGCCUUGUCCACAUCCGGCCCAGUCCCCAUGGCAGCCCACCUGGAACCGGCCCAACCACCCUGCACCCGCCCAACAGCCUCCAUCUAACCCACCCAACCCACACGGCUACGGCCUAUCUGCCCCACCACCACCCGGUUACCAAUAUCCCACACCUCCUCAAACUCCUGUUGACCCAUUGCAACCCACAGAACUUGGUGCUGCACUUUCCACUUUAACUAUGAAUCCGCCAGACAUCCAAUGGAACAUGGACACCGGCGCCUCAUCUCACAUCACUGCGGAUCAAGGAUCUCAAGACUGGGCAACAUCUUUCGCGCCAUGACAGCACCGGUGACCUUUAUCCAUUCACUCCACCAAGUCAAGUUUUUGUUGCAUCUUCAUCUAAUAAGUGGCAUGAUCGUCUUGGACAUCCCGGACCACAAGUUUUAAAAUUUCUUUCUAGUCGUUUUAACCUUUUAUGUAAUGCGGAUUCAUUUGAUUUUUGCCAUUCGUGUCAUUUAUCAAAUAGCAAAAGACAUCCUUUUAUUAAUU